AACACGGUCGGAAAGCUUCACGGUGGUGGCUACUUUCAGAGCAACCAGGAUCCCAAAGGCGAAUGGAUCCUCACCAGUGUUCUGAACCGCGGAACACUCCUUUGGGAUAGAGACCUUUUUCACCCUCUCGCGCCCCUACAUCAAUCGAUGCAUGUGCACCAUUCUGAAGAGCCCUGUGAUGAUUCGACUAGAGUACGGCUACUGGUCGGUUACUCUGCGUAUACGCUGGAGCCAGUUCUUGCGAGCGCGGCUGCUACGGCUCUCGAGAUGGACGUGCAUGUUGAUGACCUUUCGGGUUUGGAACUCGAAGUUGCCUCUGAAGGGACUCUCUCAGCAUUUGAGGCCAUUCUUCAUCAUUCUCUCACUGUACCCGGGAAUCUUCGUGCUGUGAAGCACCUUUUGAUUAAGAGGAACUGGGAGGAAGCUUUUGCUGAAGGGGACGUCACUGUCGAACACGCCAAGAACCUGGCCCAAGAAUCGGCUCAGUCGCUCUACCAUGGGCAUUCUCCUGUCGUCGUGGGGCGCAUCAAGCCACCAACUACCGUUCAAGUUCCUUGCCACAAGAUGCCCAAUCUCGAACAAUGUGUCAAUCCUGAUCAACUCCAUGGACCCAAAAAUCGCCGCUUUCGAGAAAUCCUUCCCAACAUUAUACAACACCACUACUUCAACUUUGCAACUAGUACUUUUAUGUACCAAGCGCCAUACAUGUCCAAUACGAGAUACCCAUCCAGACUUUACUUGGACCUAGCUGGCUUCGCUAAAGCUCAUCCUCUUGAAAAGCUCAAUGCUACGGCAAUGCUCUUCGCUGCUCGGCUCUGGGUCGACAUUGUAGAUAGCCCUACCAAGUGCAAGGAGACAUAUGCUAGGGAGCCGGUUCCCGAGGUGUCGCUGGCGGUGUUUCUGAUCUACUUCGAACACUGGCUCAAAGCUCAUGAGCAUCUUCAGUGCAUUGCCUACAUUCACCCUUUCCGAUUGAUACAGCGUAUAUAUGCCAAUGAUAUCUUGACACAGGGCGGUAGUCGUGACUUACUUAUCGACGAGUCCGAAAUUGAUUCGGACCGAGUGCGCGAUCUUGUCUACGAGGCUGAGGCGACUGAUCCAAAUUUCCCCAUCGACGAAUGCGUGGAUCUUUACCCUUUCAUGGUCAAUGGGACCAAGAUGGUACAGCCUCAGUGCUUGAACGAAAGAUUUCGCCUGUCUCCGACUGAACAAGCAUUGCUUGGGAUGCCCGAUCUGCGAAUUCUGAGCCAUCCAUCACUACCAACCACAGACAGUGUCGACAUCCAAAUCGCAAUGCCCGAAGCCAUUACUCGAAUCAACUUUUGCAAAGUCUCCCCGGGCGGCUACUGUUUGAGUAACUUUUUCGAUGCGGCCAAGGAUGAUCCGACAUCUCUGUUCGGAGAUAGCUUAAAGUCCGGCACUCUCUGGACACACGAGUUCCAGAUGUAUACACACCGAUCAGAUCUUCCGAAAGAAGCGUACAUCAAACGAAAGAUGAUUGAUGUUUGGCCUCAACUUCUCGACCGACGGAUGGCCUGGCUCGAGACGCUUGGUGUAUUGGGGAAAGUUCGAGUUCGGACUGGUGAGGAUGGUUUACCUGGCUAUCUUGGUAUGCCAUUGGAGGAGGAAAGCCGGAACAUCAAUGAUGCUGCUAUGGAGGAGAUGGUAGACCGCGCACUGAAGGAUCCGAGGAACAGGCUUGUUGAUGAAGCUAAAAGAUAUCCGGGAUGCUACGACGAAUCGGCCGAGCCUUCGGAAGAUGAAUGAACAACUCAAGGGCUACUUGGAGGUGAUGCUGUGAUGCAGCAGGUAUUUGCAAUCCAUAUUGUAUGUAUGGGAUUAUCUUGGGCUUGGGGGAAUAUCGAGGACAUAUGAGGAUCAAAAUCGGUGAAGGGGAAACGGUCGAACAGAACUGUAGUUGUGCGGGCACAGGACGCCACGGGGAAUGAUGGCCGUCAAUUUUAGUAAUUCGGAUGAUCUGAUGG